GAGGCUUGCCUAGCGCACAGAGCUAUAUCACAGCGUUAACAGGCAGCACAGAGCGUCAUUUCAACUCCAGUCACUGACAGACGCAUCUCACGGCUGCCUUCACAAGACACACAUGCGCCAGUUCUCGACGAAGGGACACACCGACGACCCGCAUACUUAGUGGUCCCCAGUCACCUGCUAUUAGAGACACUUUCGGCUUUUCCUCUGCUGGGAGACGCUUGGUAAAAGUCCUCCAUGAUGCUCGGAGCAGUUAAAAUGGAAGGACACGAACACACCGACUGGAGCACCUACUACGGAGAGCCUGAGUGUUACACCUCCGUUGGCAACAUGAACACCGGCCUGGGAAUGAACUCGAUGAACACCUACAUGAGCAUGUCCGGCAUGAACACCUCCGCCAACAUGACCGCCAACUCCAUGAACAUGUCAUACGUCAACACGGGCAUGAGCCCCUCUAUGACCGGCAUGUCACCGGGCACCGGAGCCAUGAACGGCAUGGGUGCAGCAGGUAUGACAGCCAUGAGCGCAGCGCUGAGCCCCAGUAUGAGCCCCAUGACGGCGCAGCCCGCGUCUAUGAACGCGCUGACAUCUUACACCAAUAUGAAUGCCAUGAGCCCCAUCUACGGACAGUCUAACAUAAACAGGUCCAGAGACCCCAAGACCUACCGCAGGAGCUAUACGCACGCCAAGCCGCCAUACUCCUACAUCUCCCUGAUCACCAUGGCCAUCCAACAGUCCCCCAGUAAGAUGCUGACACUGGCUGAGAUCUACCAGUGGAUAAUGGAUCUCUUCCCUUUUUACCGGCAGAACCAGCAGCGCUGGCAGAACUCCAUCCGCCACUCUCUGUCCUUCAAUGACUGUUUCCUCAAAGUGCCCAGGUCUCCGGAUAAACCAGGGAAAGGCUCAUUUUGGACUCUCCACCCUGACUCCGGGAACAUGUUUGAGAACGGCUGCUACCUGCGGAGGCAGAAGCGCUUCAAGUGCGACAAGAAGUCCAUGAAGGAGUCCGGCCGUAAAGGCGGAGACGGCGGCUCCUCCAACAGCAGCUCAGAAAGUUGUAACGGCAACGAGUCCCCGCACUCUAACUCGUCCUCCGGCGAGCACAAAAGAUCCUUGUCGGACAUGAAGCCGGGUCAGGCCCUGAGCCCGGAGCACGCCGCCGCCUCCCCGGUGUCGCAGGGGCAGCACCUCAUGUCUCAGCAUCACUCAGUCCUGGCGCACGAAGCGCACCUGAAGCCGGAGCACCACUACUCCUUCAACCACCCGUUCUCCAUAAAUAACCUCAUGUCUUCGGAGCAGCAGCACCACAAAAUGGACCUAAAGACUUACGAGCAGGUGAUGCAUUACUCCGGCUAUGGCUCCCCCAUGGCCGGGGCUCUUUCCAUGGGCUCCAUGGCGGGAAAAGCCGGCCUGGAUUCUUCCUCCAUACCUGACACGACUUACUACCAAGGCGUUUAUUCCCGGCCAAUCAUGAACUCCUCAUAAACUCUUUCCCCGCCAUCCGAUGUGGACUUUCUCCCCCUGCAAUUUGUACAUUUGUAAAAAAAAUAUAGAGUUUGUGUACAAUAUGUAUUUCAAAUAUUUUUGACGUUUCCCACCGUUUUAGUUGUCGAGUUUGUUAGUAGCCUAAUUAUUUUGAGAGGAUGUUGAUAUUAAUAAUUAAAAGUAAUGAUAAUGUGACGAGAUCUGUUCAGAAGUCGGCUUCAGGAAAGGACCCAAAGACCAACAACAACUUUCUGUAAAAUAUUUCACAUCUGCAUAUCUGGAUUCCUAAAUGCAUUUUAAUGCCUCACAGGAUUUCUUCAAUCAUUUGUGUAAUUCUAUUUAUGGCUUGUAUAUGUGUAUUCUUGUAGUGACAAGAACAGAAUCUAUAUUAAAGUGUUAUUGGGUUUGUUUUCUGAA